AUGCCAAAGCUAUUGUCUUGUGCCAGCUCGGCCAAGAUGAUUACUUCAAGCCGACUUGGGCCCUCUUCUCACGUCGCCCGAUUCGCCGUCUGGAACCCCCGGAAUCACAGCACCAACGCAAUAGCGACAGCCACCCGAUUCGAAGAUAGGCUAUCCUCACCGGCCCCCUCUACCAAAUCCGUGCCGCCACGAUGGGCUGCCCUGAAAUCCGCGAAGCCUUUCUCGGAAUUUCUUACAGAUACCUUCAACCGCCAGCACGACUACCUCCGCAUCAGUGUGACCGAGCGAUGCAAUCUUCGCUGUCUCUACUGCAUGCCCGAGGAAGGUGUCCCAUUAUCUCCACCGGCUCGUCUCCUUACCUCUCCCGAAAUUAUAUACCUCUCGUCGCUGUUCGUCUCGCAGGGCGUGACCAAGAUCCGUUUGACAGGCGGUGAGCCUACUGUUCGGAAGGAUAUCAUUCCCCUGAUGCAGUCGAUCGGGGAACUGCGACGCAAUGGCCUUCGUGAGCUUUGUCUGACAACGAAUGGCAUCUCGCUACACCGCAAACUCGAUGCCAUGGUUGAUGCCGGCUUGACUGGGAUCAACCUUAGCCUUGAUACAUUGGAUCCCUUUCAGUUCCAGAUCAUGACACGGAGGAAGGGCUUCGAUGCGGUGAUGAAGAGUAUAGACCGGGUGGUUGAAUUAAACCAUGCCGGGGCUGGAAUCAAGUUAAAGAUCAACUGCGUGGUAAUGCGGGGAAUCAAUGAGCGGGAAAUCAUCCCUUUUAUCGAAUUAGGGCGAAACAACCCUAUUGAAAUACGCUUCAUUGAGUACAUGCCCUUUGAUGGCAAUAAAUGGAGCCAGGGCAAGAUGGUCUCUUACCAAGAAAUGCUGGCAACCAUCCAGGAGAAGUACCCAGAUCUCCAGAAGGUGCCGGAUCACAAAAACAACACGAGCAAAACUUACCAGGUUCCUGGCUUUAAAGGCCAGAUCGGGUUUAUCACCAGCAUGACCCAUAACUUCUGUGGCACCUGCAACCGGUUACGCAUCACAUGUGAUGGAAAUCUGAAGGUAUGCUUGUUUGGCAACGCCGAAGUAUCCUUGCGAGAUAUCCUCCGGAAGGAAAACAACGGGGAACCAAUUAGUGAAACAAGGAUGAAGGAGCUGGAAUCUGAUGCUCUUGUCCGGAGAGAGGAGGAGUUGUUGGAUAUCAUUGGAGUAGCGGUUAAAAGGAAGAAGGCAAAGCAUGCUGGCAUGGGGGAACUGAAAGAUAUGAAAAACAGGCCGAUGAUACUUAUUGGUGGGUAA